CUGUAUAAUCUUACUGUCACGUGUGUGAAUAUCGUGUAAGUGAUAGGCCUGCUUUCAGAAUUCGUUCACUUUCGUUUUUUGUCACCUGACUCGAAACUCGAAAGUUCAUAGCGAAGUACAGCAGCAUCGCCGAUGUGCCAGGUCCAGUUAUAUUCUUGUCCUGAUUGAGGAGGAAAUGUCCUAUUUUGGCGCCGCAGCAUUUGGCCAGCCCGCAUUUGGCCAGACCACAUCUGGUUUUGGGUCUGCAAUGCCAGCUCCAUCACAGCCAACAAUAGGGACACCAGUCCUCGGUGCCAGCGACGUUCACAAGGAAGAGAAAGAAAAGGUUGAUUUGGGACUGUUGGAGUCUCCAUGGAGGAAGGUGGCCUUUUCAGUGGACAACAGGAAGGCUCUGGUUGAUUCUAUAAGCUCCUACAAGCCCAGCUGUGCUUCUGUAUCUGAGGCCCGGGUUCUGCUGCUCGGCCCGGUCGGGGCGGGCAAGUCUAGCUUCAUCAGCUCUGUUCAUUCUGCCUUCUCUGGGAGAGUCACCAACCGAGCCAUGGUUGGAACUUCUUCUACAAGCUUCACGCAAAAGCUCCGAUCCUACACCAUUCGGAGACGUGGAGGGAGUGGUGAUCAGCCAGUGGCCUUAACUCUGUGCGAUACCAUGGGCCUGGGGACGGGUGAGAAAUCUGGCCUGUCCCUCCCUGAUGGUCUGACUCUAAUCAAAGGCCACGCCCCUGAGGGACACAAGUUCAACCCAGUUCAGCCCUUGACGGCAGAGACGCUGGGCUAUGUGAAGAAGCCGUCUGCCAGUGAGAGUAUCCACUGUGUGGCCUUUGUGCUGGAUGCCACAAAAAUUGACUCCUAUGGCAAAGGCAUGGGCGCCACCUUCCAGCAGCUGAGAGAGCAUAUCAGUGACCUGGGUGUGCACCAGGUUGCACUGCUGACACACGUGGACCAGCUGUGCCCGGAAACCGCUCGUGACAUCACCAUGGUGUACCGGAGCCGGCUGGUGCAGAACAUGAUGGAAAAGGCUGCAGCUCUGCUGGGCAUGUCCAUGUCCUACCUGGUGCCAGUGAAGAACUACUCCUGUGAGCUGGAUGUGGAGGGGGACACGGACACCCUGCUCCUCAGUGCGGUCCAGCACCUUCUGCAGUACGUGGAGCUGCACUUCCAGGACCUCACAGACCUCAGACUCGUUGACCUAAAAGUCCCUGACGCGGCCCAGGACGGAGGGAGGAAGGAGGGCCCGGAGCAUACCCAGGUUUGGGAAGAACCGUAGUUGAUUUUGCCUGAACGGCCCCUUUUAUUUCUCCCGUUUUUCCCCUACCCUUGCCCUGAGGGGGGGUGCUAUCACCAAUACCCCGAAAAAGAAAGAAAGGAAGAAAAAAAAACAGAAAAAAUGAAAAGAGAAAUUUUUUCUGAUAAUUGCUGACUCCCAUGUCUGGCUUUGAGCUGGGCCCGCCCACUACACCUCGAGGCACCACACUAGCUAGAUGUAGCCUAUAUUGUGGUUCAAUGUAUAUAAAUAAUCGAGAUAUUACAUAUGAAGCACUACGGAACUAUCAUCAUAGCAACCAACAGAUAAAGCUUGGCAACCAACGCUGUCGACUUGACGCUAACACAUGACGUUAACUUACGCAUAAGGGGGACGAAACUGGAAACCGGAAAUGUGACCCCGGAGGGGAUAAGUUUUGUAAGGGGGAUAGAAUUUGUUGUGACAGAGCCAAAAGGUUGUUAUUAAUAAAAUGUAUUGAAAAAAUGUUUUUGGAAAUUGUGUGUAUAUCCUUAAAUAAUAUCCUAAUAUCCCUUCAUAGACAAGAAUAUACAGUCAGUGAGCACUUUAUUAGGUAGACCUGUACAAACGCGUAUACUCCCCAAUCUCUCAUACCAAAGAGUCGGGAGCUGACAACCUGCGAAUGUUUCUCCCAUUUUGUAACAUCUGAAAAGGAGGUUAUUUCAAAAAUUCAAUGUGAGCCUCCACACGUCAUGGAUAAUCUGUCCAGUCCAGCCUCCCACAUAAGACCGUUUACUUAAUUUAAGGGCCCGCAGUACAGCUACCCCUGCUCCACGACGACAGGCGUUAUAAUGGUUAGGUAUUCAGCCGUUAGAAUUUCAACUCCUGGAUCGACGGCAUGACCGAAAUGUGUCCAAGGAGCUAUACUUUACUGUGAUCGAUCGCCUGAGCACUUAGGUCAGUUUCGCAAAACAACUAAAUUUGAUCACAUCUUGUGAGUUAGGUGGCAUGAAAUCUUGUGCAUCAGUAUAUGCAAGACCCUCAUUAAGUCCCUCUGUAUAGGCAUAAUCCCAAUCAACUACAACCACCGCCACAGGCUUGACGCAACUUUUAACUGGCACCAAAUCAACCAAGUCGAACGCUGUUUUUGAGCCAACUUGAAUCUUUCAUGAUGUUAUUCAUGAUGUUAUUCUAUGGUUUCUCGUAAUGGGCUACUGGCAUGCCCGGUGUGACUGCCCUCUGCUGGCUGUUUGAAGCACUGCUACAAGUGCAGGCCAGGAGUCCAGUGGCGGGUGUGUUAUUGCUGUGGAGGAGAGUUAGGGCUGUAUCUGUUUCUGGAUUUUAUGCCAUCUUCUGCUCUUAAUUAUUUAAUUAGUCGAAUCUUUAUGCAAUUGAUUAGUUUGCGUUCUUGAUAAGUUCACGAAUGACCAAAAAAAGACUGUUGUUCCCGUGUCCCAACAUGAAACAUCUUGUGGUCCAAUCUAAGGUUAAACCAGCACAAGUGUAUUCUGCCAACUGGCUAAUUUGGCCCAUGUAACUGGUGACAGUGGAAACCUGCAUACUCCCAGCCCUGCAGGAAUGAAGCGGACCUUGCCCCUGCUUUCGAGGUUGGAUGGUAGAUCAUCCAGUAUUGAAAUACUAAUUUUUGUUUAGUUUUUUUUUUUCUCUCUCUCUUUUCAAUAAAUAUGCUUCUUUUAUAAACAA